AUGGCACCAUCAACCACCGCGGCCACAGGGCCAAUCACAACCCCCCUCACCACUCUCCUCGGGAUCAAGCACCCCAUCAUCCUCGCCGGCAUGGCCCGCGUCUCCGGCGGUCCCCUCGCCGCGGCCGUUUCCAACGCCGGCGGCCUCGGCGUCAUCGGCGGCUUCAUGUACACGCCCGACCAGCUGCGCUCCAUCAUCGCCGAGAUGAAAGCCAACUUCACUUCCCCGGACCUGCCCUUCGGCGUCGACCUGGCGCUCCCGCAGAUCGGCGGCUCCGCCCGCAAGCCAACCACGACUACACCAGGCGGCAAGCUGGACGAGCUGAUCGACAUCACCAUCGAGAGCGGCGCUAGGCUGUUCGUGUCGGCCGUGGGCGUGCCGCCCAAGCGCAUCAUCGACAAGCUUCACGCCAACGGCAUCUUAGUCAUGAACAUGGUCGGCCACCCCAAGCACGCCGUCAAGGCGCUGGAAUUAGGUGUUGACAUGGUGUGCGCCCAGGGAGGCGAAGGCGGUGGGCACACGGGUGAUGUGGCUAACAGCGUGUUGAUCCCGAGUGUGGUGGACGUGGCGAGGACGUUCAAGCCCGCGAUGCUGAACAAGUUAUUGGGGACCACUGAUCACCCGGCGCUGGUGGUGGCGGCCGGUGGUAUCGCGGACGGCAGAGGGCUGGCGAGUAGUUUGAUGCAGGGGGCGGUGGGCGUCUGGGUCGGCACGAGGUUCGUGGCUAGCAAGGAGGCGAGCUGCAGCGAGCAGCACAAGGACGCAGUGGUGACGUGCGGGUUUCAGGGUACCGAGCGGACGCUGGUGCUCAGUGGCAGGCCGCUAAGGAUGAAGACGAACGAGUAUAUCGCCAAGUGGCACGCGCAGCCGCAGAAGAUCGCGGAGCUGACGGGCAAGGGAAUCGUGCCCAUCGAGUGGGAUAUGGAUCAGGGAAACGAGAUUGACCCGCCGCAUCUGAUGGGCCAGGUGGCUGGGUUGGUGAAGAAGGUGCAGCCGGCUGGGGAGAUCGUCGAGGAGAUGGUGCAGGACGCGGUUGAGCAGUUGAAGCUGGGACAAGCGUAUCUGAAUGGGGGCAGGAGCAAGCUAUAA